UUGGAUUUUAAUACAUAUUCUCUCUCUGUAAGUGGAUAUGAACUAAACCCUCCAGUGUUACUCUCUGCGUCUCAUCAUUAUGCCGUAUCCGAUGAUGAUUUAUGCUUUCAAACUGAACACCAGACACCAAUCUAAGUCCAUAAACUAGUCAAAAGUGAUUUUGUGAUCUUUAAGAGCGGUUUUAUUUAGAGGCGGCGCUUGUUGGCAACAGAGUAGCGUCGCAACGACACUUUUUUUUCAGUCCCUGUAAAAGAGUUUGAGCAGGAACAGAGUUGUGUAUGUAGCAGGGGGGGUCGGGCUGCAUCUGGGGGGUGACUGCUGAUUUUCAGCACAUUUAUUUAUUUUUUUUCUAUUUUAUUUUCCUCUUAUUUUGCUUGCUUCGAGCAAUCCGCUGCACGCGCGCACGCCGAUAUAUUUUGACGUACAGAUCUUCGUAUAGACCAUGAACAAACUCUAUGUGGGGAAUCUGAGUCCUUCGGUGACCGUGGAGGACCUGAAGCAGCUCUUCGGCGAGAGGAAGCUUCCCGUGACCGACCAGGUCCUGCUCAAAUCCGGUUAUGCCUUCGUGGACUUCCCUGACCAGAACUGGGCGAUUAAAGCCAUCGAAACCUUAUCCGGGAAAGUUGAAUUACACGGGAAAGUGAUCGAGGUCGACUACUCGGUUCCUAAAAAACUAAGGAGUCGGAAGAUUCAGAUCCGGAACAUUCCUCCUGAUCUCCAGUGGGAGGUUUUGGACAGCCUAUUAGCAGAGCAUGGUACUGUAGAAAAUGUGGAACAAGUUAACACUGAUACAGAAACAGCAGUGGUGAAUGUGACAUAUUCAACAAAAGAAGAGGCUAAAAUAGCUGUAGAGAAGUUAACAGGACAGACGUUUGAGGAUUACUCUUUUAAAGUGUCUUAUAUUUUGGAUAUGGAUGCUGCUUCACCUCCACCUGCGACCCGGAAUCGUCGCAGUGGAAGGACUUCACGGGAACAGGACUCGCAGCCCGGGACCUCUGGAGGCUCCCUGGGGCCCCGGCAGAAACAGCCAGACUUUCCCCUGCGCAUGCUGGUGCCCACGCAGUUCGUGGGAGCUAUCAUUGGCAAGGAGGGGCUCACAAUCAAAAACAUCACCAAACAGACACAGUCUAAGGUGGACAUCCAUCGUAAAGAGAACGCAGGAGCGGCGGAGAAGCCGAUCAGCAUCCACUCCACUCCUGAGGGCUGCUCGGCCGCCUGCCGCAUGAUCAUGGACAUCAUGCAGAAAGAGGCUGAUGACACGAAGGUAACUGAGGAUAUUCCUCUGAAGAUCCUGGCCCACAACAGUCUGGUUGGAAGACUGAUCGGGAAGGAGGGCAGGAACCUGAAGAAGAUUGAAGAGGAGACAGAGACCAAAAUAACCAUCUCCUCUUUACAGGACUUAUCUAUGUAUAACCCAGAGAGAACCAUUAUAGUGAAGGGGAGCAUCGAGGCCUGUUGUAGUGCUGAAGUGGAGAUCAUGAGAAAGCUGAGGGAAGCCUAUGAGAAUGACAUUGCUACUAUUAACCAACAAACCAACCUUAUCCCUGGGUUAAUUCCAAGUGCACUGGGCAUCUUUUCAACUGGUUUGUCAGUAUUGCCACCAGCUGCUGGGCCCAGAGGCAUCCCACCUGUACCCCCAGCUAGCUUCAACCCUUUUCUUGGUCACUCAUCACAGCUGGGUGGACUGUACAGUGUCCCGCCUGCUAGUGCCAUCUCUCACCAGCACACACAGGCUCCUGAACAGGAGGUGGUCUACCUCUUUAUUCCAACUCAGGCUGUUGGUGCUAUUAUUGGCAAGAAGGGCCAACAUAUUAAACAACUGGCACAGUUCGCAGGAGCGUCUAUUAAGAUCGCACCUGCAGAGAGUCCUGACGUCACUCAGAGGAUGGUCAUCAUCACUGGCCCACCAGAAGCUCAGUUUAAGGCCCAGGGCAGGAUAUUUGGUAAACUGAAAGAAGAGAAUUUCUUUUCGGCAAAAGAGGAAGUGAAGCUGGAGACACAUAUAAAGAUGCCCUCUUCAGCAGCGGGGAGGGUCAUCGGGAAAGGCGGCAAAACGGUUAAUGAGCUGCAGAACCUAACCAGUGCAGAGGUCAUAGUGCCACGGGACCAAACCCCAGAUGAGAACGACGAGGUCUUUGUCAAAAUUAGUGGGCAUUUCUUUGCCAGCCAGACUGCACAGAGGAAAAUCAGGGAGAUCAUCCAGCAGGUGAAACAACAGGAGCAGAAGCACCAGCAAAGCGCCCCCGUGACACACAGUUCCAAGUGACCAUCAGGGCAGCCCCAGCGGGCACCUGCCAGUGAAUGUAGCCCUCCCAACUGGACUCAGACCAGACCGGAUGAAGGGGACCGGCCGGGCAGACCAGCAGCCGUGGGAUCAAAACCAAAGAACUUCUUUCUGGGGGAGAUGAAGGAGCCACAGGCAGAAGGGCUCUGAGUGCACUGCCAGCUUGGGGAGGGAGGGGGGGGGGAUGAAGCGCAAGGAAGACAAGCGUUCCUUGUAUUGUUCAAACACACCCUUAGUAUGAGAAGGGCAUCUGUUAUCAGGACGGGAAACAUCAGGGUUGCCCCAUGUAACAAUUUCUUUAUAAACUUCUUAAUUUAGGCUUAAUCUAGGGUUAAAGUGUUAGUUCACCCUCGAAGCAUCCUAGGUGUAUGUGACUUUCCUCUUUCAGAAUAAUCCAAUCAAAGUUAUAUUAAAAAUUGUCCUUGCUCUUCCAAGCCUAUCAGUGGGGGUAAGCUGGUGUUUGUUGUCAACAGUUCAGAAGACGUGAAAUAAAGUGCGUGCAUCUGUAAUAAAACAUCCCUCACAAGGCCGGCUCCGGGGGGUGAAUAAAGGCCCCCUUUAGCGAAUCCAUGCAUUUUUGUAAGAUAAAUAUCCAGAUUUCAAACACUUUUUUUCUCACUUGCUGACGGUUGGGAACAGGAAGACUUCUGACAGAAUUAUUCUGAAAGAAGAAAGUCACAAACACCUAGGAUGCUGAGUAGAAGAUGGACGAAUUUUUGUUCUCGGGUGAACUAACCCUUUUACACAGAUGAGAAGCUCCAUUAACACGUGUACACUGAUGCAUUUUGACUGAGUUGUGUUGCUGUUUUCUCGGGUAGGUAAAGUGUGGGUGUGCACUAGCAGCUGGCGACCGAGAUUUUUUUAUUUUAAGUGAUGCCCAGAUUGCGAUUUCAACAAUCACAAGUAUUCUCACCAGUACACUAGAACAAAUAUACUGUUAUGUCUGAAGCGGAAGCACCAUUCUUCUUGUUUUGCACAAGCCAUUGGGCAUGUAGUUGAAAUGAUGUUUUUUUUUUUGGAUCUCUUUGAUGAUGGGACUAGCAAUUUGGGAAAUGUAAAUGACAGAACGUUUACACAUAUCUUAGCCUGUUUGCAUUUCGGGACACAUCAUCCAGCUCCACAACUCAACCUUGUUACUUAGCCUGUGCGUGCCAACGGAUGCCGUUGAAACAUUUCUUUCUGUGCAUAUCAAAUUUUUUUGCUUUUAUCAUAUGUAGUUUGUUGUUAUUUCUGUCCAGCUCUUACACUCCCUUUUUAUUUUUAUGCCAGUGUUUUUGCAGCCUCUGCAUUUAGUCGUUUCAAUGCCACCGAAUUCUUGUGGCGGCAGUCUUUAAGAGACGGAGUAGGGAUGUGGUAGAUGUGGAUUAGGAGUCAUUACCCCUUGUUUGCUUUAGGGGAUAUGAAAAGAAUAUAAAGCAAGCACCAGCGUCUGAAAGACAGCGCACCUUUACUGGCUUGGGCAGAAGCAAAAUCGAAUGUGCACCAAGAAUUCUGCCUUAAUCUAUGCUGAAAGAAAACGAAAAGUUGGGAGACUGAAAAUGUGAUUGGAGGGUCAGGUUGAUGUGGGAUUAGGAGGCAUCUUAUGACCUGUGGUACACACGACCGCGUUUGGCUUUAAAUCUCUUUGUCAGGGAGCUUUCUAAAUGGCAUGACAGCUGUGAAUGUACAAUAAGCAGCCUUUUAGAAAGAGAACCACCCUGUCAUGUUUGGUAAGGCUGGUUGGUCGGCGAGAUUGGGUAUUUUUUUAUUUACUGAUAUUCUGGUUGUUUUGGGAAAUGGAUCAACUGUUCCAACAUGAUGUGCAGGCAUGGAUAUCCCUUUGUGCUUUAUUUUCUUCUUUUUUGACCAUGGAAGUUUGUGGCCUUAAACGUCACCGGUCUACGUCAUCACUGACAGCUCCUUCGCCCAAUGAGAGCUAAGCUUCAUCUUCCAGACACAAGGCUUAUGCCAAUACGCACAGCUUCCAUUAGUGUGUAUGCAUGUGUGUAUAUAGAUAUAUAUAAAGAGAGAGAAAUAUUUAUGAAUCUAUUUUUUUCCUAUUUUGUGACGAGAGCUAUUAAUAAGAAACAAACAGAAAAAAACAAGUCUUUUUUGGUGGAACACUGCCAUGUUAUUCUGAAGGGAAGUGUUUGUUUUCUUGGAAGUAGACUAUGAAUAUUGGUUGUAGACUAAUGGUAAGAACAGUAAUGAAUCACCGCAACACUUUGAUCCGAAUGUGAUCGGUGCGCAUGUCAGUAAUGUGAUCUACCUCAUGCGUCAGGGUACCUCAGUCCAAUCUUAAAUUUCCCUGUUUUUUCUCCUCACAUUUUGUAUGCCUUGUAAACUGAAAGUUUUGAACAUUUUCCUUUUAUUAAUAAUAAAAGAGAUCAAGAAAAAUA